UAUGUACCGUAUCUCCAUAACAUUGCAGACGAAGUGUACUGUGUUAGUUCCAAAUAAAUUAACUCGUUUUGCCGACAAUAUAUAUAUUUCCUUUUGAUACAGUCGACCUGUAGAUCAAAAUAGCAUUAGCAAAACCUCGACUGCUUCUUUAACAUUAACUUAAUGAUCGCCUUGUUCAAUUGCCUUUAUUUUCGAAUAUUUGAUGCUUAGCACCUCCGCUUACUCCUUUAUUGCAGUGCAAUAAAUAUGCUUACCUUAUUUACACGUAGUGACAUGGCGUGCUAAAGGUAGCGUAGGGGUUAUCGCAUGAUGCCGUGACAAAAUGUCAUAGCAGUCAAGGUUCAGCUCCAGUGAUGAAAGACUGUGUGUGGAUGUCUCUGGUUAAUAGUUGCACAGGAAGGCAUUGAACACCCUACUACAGAAAGCAAUUUUUAACCCAUCUAGGGACUAGACUCGACAUGGACGAAGUGUUUACCCCUUUGGACUGCCUUCUCCCCUCAGGAAAACAGAAGAUUUGUCUCAUCAUCCUCAACCAACCUUUGGAGGAGAAGUACUUUGAUGUCCUCUGGAGCAAAGCACUGCUGCGUGCCUGUGCGGACGGAGGGGCCAACCACCUCUAUGACCUCACUGCUGGGACACGAGAGAGCUUCCUCCCGGACUACAUAAGCGGAGACUUUGAUUCUAUAAAGCAUGAUGUCAAGGCCUUCUAUAAAGAAAAGGGCUGCAACCUGAUGGAGACAGCAGACCAAGACCUGACCGAUUUCACAAAGUGCCUGGCCAUCAUGGUGGAGAAAAUGAAAGAGCAGCAACUCCAGGUGGACACCAUCGUAACCCUGGGUGGGCUGGCUGGCAGACUGGACCAAACGAUGGCGUCAGUGGAGACCCUGUUCCACGCGCAGAAAAUGACUGACCUCCCUGUUGUGAUCAUCCAGGGCACAUCGCUGGCCUAUCUGCUGAGAGAGGGCAGACGCCACCAGCUGGAUGUGAGCACAGGGCUGGAGGGAGCGUGGUGCAGCCUGAUCCCCGUCGGAUCGCCCUGCCGCACACACACCACCGGCCUCAAGUGGAACCUGGACAACCAGGUGCUGGAGUUUGGACGGCUGGUGAGCACAUCCAACACUUACGAGCCCCACGACCCAAGCGAGGGGAGGAGACCUGUGACUGUGACCUCAGAUAAGCCCCUUCUGUGGAGCAUGGGCAUUCACAUGAAGUAGCCAACGCUCUGCUCCACCAGGGGAUUCAGACUUGAAUGGAACGUCUGCCAAGUGCCUUCACACUUAAGAACGGAUGCCAUACCAUAGGUAUUUUCCCCACGGAUUAUUUAUUAACAAAUUGUCCACAAACACACAACGUAGAAAUUCUCCAUUCAUCCCAUUCAGUCACCAUCAUAGUUUAAAAAAGUCAGCACAAGCAAUGGUCUAGCCGACGAGCAGUAGUUUAGCCGCCACUGUGGAGACAAAGAGAGGAGUAGUGUGUUAGUCACCAUGGGAUACUAGUCUGGACUAAAGUAUAUGUACUGAAUGCUAGAACAAAUUUCGUGUAUUAUGUCUAGUUUGAAAUACUAUGCACUUUAGUAUAUUCUACUGAUCUCAACAUGAAAAUCAAGACACUGUACUGAUACUGUACACUGUACAAGAUAUUGUAGUUUUUCUAUUCUAACAUUUUUAAUAACAAUAAAACAAUUCACAUGA